UUCACAUCUUACGGGCUGUAUCCCCAAGAUACAUCCAGUACCCAGCCACUUCUCACCACGUCCACUGUGACAUCCUUAGUUCCAGCCCCUGGAUUAUCCUGAAUGGGCUCCCUGCUUCUUUCUUUCAUCCUGGUUCCUUCAAGUUACUUGGGAGCUGAUCAAGACUUCAAGCUAAAGAUGGUGAUGAUGAGUCGCCUGAGGGUCAUUCUUCAAGCCUCUCCAUGCAAGGCACAGUGGAGAAGGUUCCAGAUUCCGAGGUCCAUGCUAGCAAGGCCCUGCAGCCUCUACACCUGUACUUACAAAACCCGGGACCGAGCCUUGCACCCUCUCUGGGAGAGCGUGGACCUGGUCCCGGGGGGUGAGCGCCAGUCGCCCAUCAACGUCCGGUGGAGGGACAGUGUCUACGAUCCUGGCUUAGAACUGCUCACCGUCUCUUACGACCCGACCACCUGCCUCCGCGUCUGGAAUAACGGGUACUCUUUCCUCGUGGAACUUGAAGACUCUGCAGAUAACUCAGGUGAGAGCCAGACCUGUCUGUGGUCUCAUCUGGAGUUAAAGGGACAGUUUCAUGUCAGCACAGGCCACAUCGCAAGGCCUCCAUGGGAGUGGAGACCUCUUUUGUUAGCAGUGGCACGGGACUCACGGGACUCUUUUUUUCGUUGUGUGAUACUGUACUUGGUACAUCAGAAUGCAAUCCAAUUUGAAAGCUUUGAGGAUGCAGCACUGGAGGAAGAUGGUUUGGCUAUGGUAGGAAUAUUUUUUAAGCUAGGCAAAUAUCAUAAAGAGCAACAGAAACUGGUGGAUACUACGGCAUCAAUUACGCAUUAGGACAUGCUUGUGGAAUUUGGGUCAUUCAACCCUUCCUGUCUGAUGCCUACCUGCCCAGAUUACUGGACCUACUCAGGGUCCCUGACUAUCCCGCCACUCUCUGAGUCUGUCACUUGGAUCAUUAAGAAGCAGCCCAUAGAGGUUGAUCAUGAUCAGCUUGAGCAAUUUCGGACCCUGCUCUUCACUUCUGAGGGGGAGAAAGAGAAAAGAAUGGUGGACAACUUCCGCCCCCUUCAGCCCCUAAUGAACUGCACUGUCCGCUCAUCCUUCCCUCACGACUAUGUGCUGAACAUACAAGCAAAACCCAAGUCGUCUACCAGCCAAGUGACCCCCUUAGACGCCAUUAUCUAGGUGGUAUCUUGCUUAAAUAUAUACUAGUUCUUUAAAAAUUGCUAACUAGACUCUUCUAAAUGCCUGCAUUUAAUAAUUAUGGAUGUGCCUUUCUUGGUAUGGCAGCGCUCCUUAGUCUUUGAGGGAAGCUCUUUGGUAAACAAAUUCUUCCUUUUAUUGAUAAUGAUGUUUAUCACUGAAGUACCAGCAAGAGACACAAAUUUCUCUUAUAGCAACCUGCUGGUAAUUGUAAUGUCUUUCUAUGUGUGACAUUUUUGAGCUGUCUUUUUACUGAUAUGUUUAUCAAUUGGUGGUUCUACAGAGUUAUAAGUAGGGAUGAUAAUCAAAAUAUUUAACAACUGGUAAGGCACAGACACUGAGCAUCCAGAAUGCAGGCUUUUCAGAAACAGCCACAGGACCCAGAUUGGUACUUCUUGGCUGAACAUUGGCUAUGGUUUUAGGUAUAUUUUAUUUUAAAACAUGAAUGAGUAUUCUUUUAUAAGGCCUUCUCAAUGGGUAUAUUUGCCUCGAUUUUCACUUGUCAUUACUAGUACAGGACAUGAUUACUUACUAUCAAUUUAUAAUAUAGAAAAAAUAUUUUGUGAGCUUCCUUGGCGGCGGAGUGGUUAAGAAUCUACCUGCCAAGUCAGGGGACACGGGUUUGAGCCCUGGUCUGGGAAGAUCCCACAUGCUGAGGAGCAACAAAGCCCGUGCGCCACAACUACUGAGCCUGUGCUCUAGAGCCCGUGAGCCACAGCUACCGAGCCCGCGUGCCACAACUACUGAAGCCCGCCCGCCUAGAACCCGUGCUCCGCAACAAGAGAAGACACCGCAAUAAGAAGCCCGCGCACCGCAACGAAGAGUGGCCCCCGCUUGCCACAACUAGAGUAAACCCGUGCACAGCAACAAAGACCCAACGCAGCCAAAACUAAAUAAAAAUAAAAUAAAUUUAUUUUUAAAAAAAGAAAAAAUAUUUUGUAAUCCUAAAAACACAAGGGUUUACUUAUAUCCGGAAAUCCUUUUGCAUUUCUGAAAGUCAGAUGUUUUACUUAAAGGCUUGAUCAUAUAGAAAGCAUAUGCAGAAUAUUUUAAAGAAAAAGCUUUAAGUGCCUAGAACUUAAAAUUCUUUCAUGAUCCAUUUACAGAAAUACUUUUCAAAAGGCUAGUAAUAUAAUAGUCUAUGGUUUAUAAUAUUAUUUUGAAUUGUUUGUACAUUGUUUCAUAGAAUACAAUAAUAUUUUCCACAAUGACAGAACUAUCUUGACUUCCCUUUAAAACUAUCUGAACUUUAUUUCAUUAGUUGAGGUUCUGUACAAGGCAGGUGAUCAACAUAAAUCUCCUAAUUUAUACAGUGGUUUAGAAGACUUUUGCAGGGACUUCCCUCGUGGCCCAGUGGGUAAGACUCCACGCUCCCAAUGCAGGGCACCCGGGUUUGAUCCCUGCUCAGGGAACUAGAACCCACAUGCAUGCCGCAACUAAGAGUUCGCAUGCCGCAACUAAGAAGCUGCAUGCCACAACUAAGACCUGGUGCAGCCAAAAUAAAAUAAAUAAAUAAUAAAAUAAAUAAACAUUUAGAAGACUUUUGCUAUAAUAAUAGGGAAAGAAACCUGUCAAAUAGGCUAAAACCUAGAUAAUUCUACAUAUUCUGAGGAAUCCAUGCCACUGUUGCCCUUGCUUGUAAAUAUGUGGAAUGUUUUUAAUUGCCUAUGCCUGUGUUCAAAUUCAAUACUGCAUUUACUAGUAUAUUUCUUUCAUUAGUAUGCUAGUCAUCCGAUCUGCAAGAUAAGGUUGGAUGAAUAUACUUAACACUACUGAACUAUACACUGAAAAAGGUUAAGAUGGCAAAUUUUAUUUUAAUGUGUAUUUUACCACCAUUAAAAAUAACUAAUAAAUUCAGUAGGGAAAAAAAUAGGGUUGGAGUUGUAUGUGUAAGUUUGGGGGCAUAUCUCUGCUCUUAAAAAAGGAAGGGGGUAAAGGCAUUGCUUCUAGAGUGCAUGCCUUCUCUGGAAAAGGGAAGCAUAUAUGCUCUAGGAAAUGAAUAAAAUCCUUUAAAAGAUUAAUAUGGGGAAAAAGUUAUGUUAACUUUAUAUAUUUUUUCUGUUUUAAACCAUAGUUAUCUUUAAAAGGUAAACACACAAGAUAUGCAUUUUUCAGGGCACACAGGCUUCCCUCCUAGGUCUCUUGCAAAUUCUUAAUGCAAAAUUCAAUUGCAGUGAGUCUUCCAAAUUGACUCACAGAAUGCCUGACUUGCCCUUCUAUCUCAGAGAUACAAAGGAUGCAUUCAUAGGGUGUGUCCCUGCUGGCCACCCCUGAUCAAUUUACAUCUGGUGUUCUGGUAUAGUUAUUAACAGCACCCUCUUUCACUCUCAACCAUGUCCUGCUUUGCAUGACAAAUUCUUGGUCACCUUCUCUGCAGAGGUUAUGGAAACUGCCUUGGGGAUGUGGUUUCUUCCAUGCCUUAGUCAGAUGACCCCCAAGGGGGUGAUGUAAAUUCCCUGGCUACUGACACACCCUCAGGGGAAACUUUUCUGCCUCCAAAAAGUGUUUUACUUGUGCCUUCCUAGACAUGAAGGGGGAAAGUGGGCUU